AUGAUAGUGCUCAUUUUACUGGCUAUGGGACUAAGCUCAGAAAAUGGAUCUGCUUCCCACACCAAUGUUUGUGCAUAUUUAAGAGAGCAAUGCUUAAGUGAUGCACAUGGAUGCAAACAUGCAUGGAGAAUAAUGGAAGAUGCCUGCAAUGUUUCAGAUCCAGGUGACCCUUGCACGAUAAGUAAUUUAUCACACUGUAACCUGAGAAUCCAGUCCUUUGUGGACAGCAAUUUCCAGUUUAAAGAGUGUCUCUGCACAGAUGACCUGUACUGUACUGUGAACAAGUUUCUUGGAAAAGAAUGUGUCAAUAAAUCAGAUAACAUGAAUGAGGAUGAUACAUUCAAAUGGAAUCUAACUACUCCUUCCUAUCAUGAAUUCAACGGGAUCCAGUCCUGUUUGGAAGUGACAGAGGCGUGUGUAGGGGAUGUUGUGUGUAAUGCACAGUUGGCCCCUUACCUUAAAGCAUGCACAACAAAUGGAGAUCUGUGUGAUGUGAAACACUGCCAAACAGCCAUACGGUUCUUCUAUCAAAAUAUGCCUUUUAACGUUGCCCAGAUGUUGGCUUUUUGUGACUGUGCUCAAUCUGAUAUACCUUGUCAGCAGUCCAAAGAAGCUCUUCACAGCAAGCCAUGUGCAGUGAACAUAAUUCCACCCCCUACUUGCCUCAAUGUAAUUCACAGCUGCAGAAAUGAUGAAUUAUGCAGGAGACGCUAUAGAACAUUUCAGUCCAAAUGCUGGCCUCGUGUAAGUGGAAAGUGCCAUGAAGAUGAAACCUGCAUCAGCAUGUUGGGCAAACGGGACCUCACUUGCUCAGGAAGUGAUGACUGCAAAGCAGCGUACUUAGGCACCCUUGGGACUGUUCUUCAAGCACAAUGCACCUGCAGAAGUGUCACACAAAGUGAAGAGUCUUUGUGCAAGAUUUUUGAGCACAUGCUUCAUAGAAAGUCAUGUUUUAAUUACCCAAUGCUGUCUAAUUUCAAGGGCAUUGCAUUGUAUAAACGAAAACAUGCCAAGGAAAUUACUCUAACUGGAUUUCAUUCCUCCUUCAAUGGGCAAGUCAUCUAUGCUGUGAUGUGCAUGACAGUCACCUGUGGAAUCCUUCUCUUGGUUAUGCUCAAGUUGAGACUCUACAGAAUAUCAAGUCAAACAAGAGAUUCUCCACCAAUCCAAAUACCUGGAGGAGUCAUCAUUCAUUGA